AUCUGAACCAUCAGGUCUGUGGCAGCUCUAGUCUUCCUCCAGCUCCACGACGAUCGUUCCGCCCACCACGCCUCCCAAGCCCCCCCCCCCCCCCAAACACACGCGGAGGGCGCAAAUCCCCGCGAUCCCAACGCCAAUCGGAGGAGGGAGCCGGGCCGAUCGAGUCAACCGCCGGACCCCAAUCCCAAACUCCGCCGUGAAAUCAAAUCCUCCUCCAGUCCUCCGCAACGCGGGCCGUGAGGCGAGAGCGUGACGAUGUCUGGGGCGGGGGAUUACCAGGAGAUGGCGGCAUCGUUGCCACCGUCUCUGAAGGCCAUCACGCUCACCCACGUCCGCUACCGCCCGGGAGACCCGCUGGGCCUCUUCCUCGCCUGGGUCUCCCUCAUCCCUGUCUUCAUCAGCCUGGGCGGCUUCGUCUCCCAUUUCCUCUUCCGCCGGGAGCUCCAGGGCAUUUGCUUCGCCGCGGGGCUCCUCGUCUCGCAGGUCCUCAACGGGCUCAUCAAGCAUUCCGUCGCGCAGUCCCGCCCGGCGUACUGCGAGCUGCUCGAGGCCUGCGACUCCCACGGGUGGCCCUCCAGCCACUCGCAGUACAUGUUCUUCUUCGCCACCUACCUCUCGCUCCUAGCGCUCCGCCGGUCGCGCGCGAGCCGGGUGAUCGCCGCCGUGACUUGGCCGCUCGCCUUCCUCACCAUGCUGUCCAGGGUGUACCUGGGGUACCACACCGUCGCGCAGGUUUUCGCGGGAGCAGUAGUGGGCCUUGUGUUUGGUGCUAUCUGGUACUGGAUUGUCAACACCAUGCUUGUUGAGUACUUCCCAAUGAUCGAGGAGAGUGCAAUCGGGAGGUGGUUCUACAUCAAGGAUACAUCUCAUAUUCCAGAUGUGCUCAAGUUUGAGUAUGAUAACGCAAGGGCCGCAAGGAAGAAAGUUGCUACUGAUUGAGCAUGUUGUGCUGCCGGAUUGCAUUUUACUGUUGUUCAGGGGGUUUAUAAGAAUGUGUGCGGCAUGAUAUUUGCUCCAGUUACGCUGCACACGAACACAUGUACUCGUAGCAGCAACAUCAGUAGAAGAAAUGCCCAUUAGAGUUGCGCCAGUCUUUUUGUUUCCCAUGUUGAGUCGUUUUGUUUUUUCUUAAAGAUAGUUUGAUCAUAAUUUGAUGGUUGUUUACAUUUAGAGAAUGACCAGUGAACAAUACGUGAAUUCAUCUCUCGUACCCUGAUUCA